GUCCGUUCGCCGAUCGUGUCAAACUUCCGUUUGAUUUGAGCGACGACGAGGAAUUCGUUUUGUCAAAGUGAAAUACUCAUUUUUUUAAUCUUUGUACGGUUGCAUAUAGUCGACCGGGCGGUCAUGUCUAGUCGCGAAGCCCUAAACAUGAAGCUUCCACCGAUCCAGUCCACGGCCGGAGCCGUGCCGGUCCGGAAUGAAAAAGGUGAACUCUCCAUGGAGAAGGUGAAGGUGAAAAGGUAUGUGUCGGGUAAACGCCCUGACUACGCGCCGAUGGAGUCGUCUGAUGAAGAAGAAGAAGACUUCCAGUUUGUGAAGAAGGGAAAAGAAAUGGAGCCAGAGGUGGAGCUGGAGGAGGAGGACGUCUCUGAUCCACGUCUCAGGCGUUUGCUGAACCGUGUCUCUGAGGACGUGGAAGAGAGGCUUGCAAGACACAGACAGAUAGCAGAGCCUGAAGUUGUGGCUGAGAGCAGCGAAGACUCUGAUGAAGGCACGUGGCACCCACAGCGAGAGGAGAGCAGUGAAGAUGAAGAGGAGGAGGAAGAAGAAGUGGAUGAUGAGGAAAUUGAGAGGAGGCGAGCAAUGAUGCGUCAGCGAGCCUUGGAUAGAAAGAAUGAAGAGAUGGAGGUCAUGGAGGUGGAGGAAGAGGGGAAAUCAGGAGACGAGUCGGAGAUGGAGUCUGAAUACGAGGAAUACACCGACAGCGAGGACGAAGCAGAGCCGCGGCUCAAACCUGUCUUCAUCCGCAAAAAAGAGAGAGUCACAGUGGCAGAGCGUGAAGCAGAGGAGCAGAGGCAGAGAGAGUUGGAGGCCGAAGCGAAGAGGCAGGCGGAGGAGCGACGGCGCUAUACCCUCAAGAUCGUGGAGGAAGAGGCCAAGAAGGAGUUUGAGGAGAACCGGCGCACACUGGCUGCUCUGGACGCUCUGGACACCGAUGGAGAGAACGAGGAGGAGGAAUACGAAGCCUGGAAGGUCAGAGAGCUGAAGCGCAUCAAAAGGGACAGAGAGGCACGGGAAGCCUUCGAGAAGGAGAAGUCUGAAAUCGAGAGAUUCCACAGCUUGACUGAGGAGGAGCGCAGGGCCGAGCUGCGCAACAACGGCAAGGUCGUCACCAACAAAGCCACCAAAGGCAAAUACAAGUUCCUCCAGAAGUACUACCACAGAGGAGCCUUCUUCAUGGACGAGGAAGAGGACGUGUACAAGAGAGAUUUCAGUGCACCUACUCUGGAGGAUCACUUCAACAAAACCAUCCUACCCAAAGUUAUGCAGGUGAAAAACUUUGGUCGGUCUGGACGCACAAAGUACACCCACCUGGUGGACCAGGACACCACGUCGUUCGACUCUGCCUGGGCUCAAGAGAGCGCUCAGAACACCAAGUUCUUCAAGCAGAAGGCGGCAGGCGUGAGGGACGUGUUUGACCGGCCCACCGUGAAGAAGAGGAAGACUUAAGAUGCACAUGAAGAGGAUAUGAGCAGGCCCACGGUGCAGCUGUAAAUACUUUGAGAGACUGAGCUGCAGCCUGAUGGUCUGUUUUUCUGGACUGUGACGUGGAAGGAAAUCAGCAGAUGGACUGAUUGUAAGGUGCACCAUCACUGCUGGCUCCAUGAAAUCUACAGGAGAUGCAGCUGGUGGGAUGUAAUUUUGUAAAUUCAACAUUUAGUACACACAGUCUCCCACUGACUCGUUCCUUUUUCCUCGGUGUUGUUUACUGAUAUUUGAUGACUAUUCCAAUAAAAGCAGUGUGUUUUCUUUUUUCAUAAAUGGACAUGAAAGAAGCCAAAUGUCAACUUUUAUUUAAAAAAAAAAACAAAAAAAAAACAACAGUAAAGAUGACACCACGACAGUUUAACCACCCAGCGUGACCGAUGAGCCUGAUGAAGCAGUCCAGUGUCAGUCAUGUUUGUUCAGUUGGUCAGAGCCACCAGAGCUUCCACCACGUUCCCCAUGUGUUCCCUCAGACUGCGCUCAGCCACGGCCCUCGAAAUCUCCAUCUCAGACAUCUGGACAAUAACACGGACACCAAAAGAAGCGUAAAGACAACUGGUUUUAUAAAAACUACAGUUUGACUUCCUUCCUACAGUUUGGCUUCCUUCCUUCCUUCUGUAACGCACUGAUGUAAUUUAAAACGUAGGUUUAAUAUUUGAUUUCCAUUACCAACGCUCCAAUCAACAAACUUUAGACAGCACUGGUCCAAAUGUUGAAUUUUAUUUUUAGAUCACCAAUUUACAAUAAUAGUCGGGACUUAAUAAGGUAACAUAAAAGUCGCAUGUGCACACAUGUAGUGACUGUGUGAAGGAACUACUCCACUGUAGAGCCAGGCUCAUACGCUGCGAUCACCUGGGAAAUCAAAGGAAAGGAAUUCCAGUUCUAAUCGUUUCAAGUGAAGCUUUUAGGAAUUCUGCUACUUUCAGAUCGCUGAGAUCUGAUUUUUGUCAAUUAUCAAUAGAAGUGUUUUUGAUUCUGGUCCAAGAUGCUCAUAUUUAUCAUUUUCACCACAACUAAAAAACAGAAUCAACUUUUUGGGUUUGGGUCACACGGCGUUAGUGUCCACAUACUUUAGAUCAUGUAGUGAACCAGCAUUUGUGUGGUUGUAUAACAGCUAAAUGGAUUAAU